GAUGGCGAAGAUCUCGCCUCACCCCUCGCCCUCGCGUAGCCCUCUCCCUCGGGGUGUUGCGUUUCUUGACUUCCGGCGAGAGCCGUGCAGAUCUCCCAAGGGCCUAGCGGCUUGGAUCUCCUGUCUGCCUAGUCCCAGGGUUGCGCCGCAUCCGAGGAGAUCCACCGCGCCGCACCUCCGAAGCUCCCCGUAACACCAGAAUUACUCAAGUCCAGUAAACAAACAAGGCUAACAACAUGGGAGACACCGACGCCGAGCGCAGGAGGAAGGAAGCCGAGGACGCCCACAGGCGACUCAAGGAAGAGGAGAAGAGGAAGAUGGAGGAGAAGGAGAGGAAAAAGGCCGAGGUGCGCAAGCGUCUUGAGGAGGCGGCGAAGGCAAAGAAGGCUGGCGGAAAGCGCGGCUUCAUGACACCAGAACGCAAGAAGAAGCUCAGGAAUCUUCUAAGGAAAAAAGCCGCCGAGGAACUGAAGAAGGAGCAGGAGCGCAAAGCCGAACAGCGCAGGAAGAUCAUCUCGGAGCGUGUUGGCCAGCCCAAGCCCCUGGACGGCGCCAACGAAGCCACCCUUCAGGGAAUCCUCAAGCAGUACCACGCCCGGAUAGCGGCACUAGAGGACGCCAAGUACGACCUGGAGUAUGAAGUCAGGCAGAAGGACUUCGUGAUCAACGAGCUGACCAUCCAGGUGAACGAUCUUCGCGGCAAGUUCGUGAAGCCGGCCCUCAAGAAAGUUUCCAAGUUCGACAAGCUCAAAAUGGUCGCCAAGAGUACCUCGGAGGUUGACUUCCGGUCGAACCUCAAGGCAGUCAAGAAAGAAGCCUUCAAGCUUGAUGAGGAGAAGCAGGCGGAGAAGAAGCCAGAAUGGGCCCUCGGUUCCAAGAAGGAGAACGAGGAAUAAACAAAAACACCAACAAUUUACGACAGCGAAGUCCACCACAUCGAAGCACCUGGCGCGACAAAGAAAAAAAGGGAAAAAAAAAAACAAGCGAACAACCAAAACCCCAAGUCCAAGCAUACAGACUGUCGCUACUACUUCCCUGGACGGAGAUGCUGUUCUCUAGUUUUUUUUCCUGUUCUAUUUGUUCUUCUCUGAAAACGUUCAUUUGUUAUUUGCCUUUAAUUAUUUUGUAAGCGACACAAAACUGUGGUCGGAGUGACUUCCGAACGAAUAAACAACGGUUGCAGAUGGUUA